AUAACCAAGGUCAAUCCUCUCAAAAUCAUUUUUAGAAUUUGAAGUCCUUAUAUUUUUUUUUCUAAGGAUGUCAGCUGUAUUACCGAUUGUUUCUAGAUUAACACCUAGGGUUGUUAGAGUUCUGGGUUGUAAUCCUGGGAAAAUGACUCUUCAAGGCACCAAUACUUACAUUAUAGGAACUGGCAAAAAGCGAAUAUUAUUGGAUACUGGGGAGAAAGGGAAAAAGGAUUAUAUAAAAAAAUUGAAAGAAUUUUUGCAUCAAGAGUCAGUAUCAAUUGAACAGGUUAUUAUCACUCAUUGGCAUGGAGAUCAUAUUGGUGGUCUAGAGGAUGUUACCAGUAUUAUUGGUGAUGGAUCUAUUGCUUGGAAAUUUCCAAGAAGUGAUAUAAAAAAUGAAUCAUAUGAUGGCAUAACCAUCCACAACCUACAAGAUCAACAGGAACUAUCUGUCGAAGGAGCAUCACUUAGGAUUAUUUAUACUCCUGGACACACGGCAGAUCAUGUGGUAGUGUAUAUGAAAGAAGAAAAUGCACUGUUCAGUGGAGAUUGCAUAUUAGGUGAAGGUACAGCUGUAUUUGAAGAUUUAUAUGAUUAUAUGAAAUCUCUGAGUAUAAUUUUAAAUUUAAAACCAGAUAUUAUCUAUCCAGGGCAUGGGCCAGUUUUGGAGACUCCAGUAGAAAAGAUACAGUAUUAUAUAAACCAUAGAAAUCUAAGAGAAUCACAAAUAAAAGAUGUGCUUACUAGAAAAGAAGAACCUUUAUCAGAGAUGGACAUAGUUAGAAUUAUAUACAAGGACACCCCAGAAAGUUUAUACUUAGCAGCAUCAAAUAAUGUAAAUCAACACCUUCUUAAAAUGGAAAAGGAAGGUAUAGUACAUAAAAAGGACAGUGGAUGGGUACUGGCUUAAUCUUGCCUCCUUGUAUUUUCAGCCGUUCUAUUACAACGUGGCUGUAUCCAAGAUAAAUCCUUUUUACCUAACUAAAAUAAGUUAGCUAAUAUGAGAUAGUGUUAAAUUCAAUGAAUCUGGCAUAUGUCGAUAACAACAUGGCAAUAACACAUUAUUAUAACGGAAAAUAUAAAUAAAACAUAAAGAGGAUAUUUAAAAUGUAUUAUUAUUGUUUCAUAUAGUAGAUACUACAUGUGUAUAUUGUAUACAAUAAACACACUUAAAAUUUUGAAAAUGAAGUAAAAAAAAUCACUGAUUUCAAAGCAAUUUUUAUCUUUUCAAUUUUAUAUGCAAUCUUCCUUGAAAAUAAUUUUGAAGAAUUAUUAGGAGUCACAUGCCUAAAGGUAAUGGGAGACUUAGACCUAUAGCAAGCGACUACAUUCAUUCUUGGCUUGAAAUAGGUUCAAUAAUCCAAAUGGUCA